AUGUGGCGCGCUAGUCUACUAAUCAUUGUCGCGUGUGCACAGGUGCAAGAAAGCCUGCAACUACCAACAUCGACGCAAAAGAUAUCUCUGGCAGAGUUACAAAGAACGGAUUCGCGAAUCAUCGGGGGCAACUCCACUACAGUGGAAAAGCAUCCCUACCUAGUACAGGUGCUACUUUACAAUUCAAUGCGAUGCGGAGGGACGAUCAUCACUCAGCAACACAUUCUAACCGCAGCACAUUGUUUUUUCAAUGAGGAUGAACUACUUAAUGUCCGCCAUUUCUCAAUCCGAGCUGGCUCCACGUAUCUGAAUUCUGGUGGGUCAUUGCGUGAUGUAUCGGAGAUAGUAAUCCACAGUGGGUACAACACCCCUGUGAACGAUAACGACAUCGCGGUGAUGACGCUAGCCGCCCCACUCGACUUGUCCAACACCAUAAGAACAACGAGCGUCGCGCUCGCCGGCUCUACGAUACCCAAUAACACGCCCCUUAUAGUCGUAGGAUGGGGACAUACUGAGGUAAAUUCCGUAGUAUCCAACGUAUUGCAAGAAGUGCAAGUGCUUAAAAUAAGCCACAGCACAUGUCGGGAAAACUACAAUCUUCUCCAACAACUACUUAACAAACCCUUUGAUGUUACUAGUAACAUGAUUUGUGCUGGAUGGCUCAACGUCGGAGGUAAGGACUCGUGUCAGGGGGACAGUGGUGGACUGCUGCUGGCUGACGGCGUGGUGGUCGGGAUCGUGUCGUGGGGCUACGGCUGUGCCGAGCCGAUGUUCCCCGGCGUGUACGUGCGCGUCAGUGCUUAUACUGACUGGAUCAACAGAACGGUGUCGGGCGUAGCCUACACUCGGGUAAACUCUGCCUUCUCAAACUAUAUAAAUGUAACCUUAAUUGCUGCAGCCAUCAUCUUUCUUAAUCAAAUAACGUUAGAG